AUUUAUACUGAGAUGAGAGAGAAUGUCUGUAUGUCUGUGUGUGUGUUUGUGUGAGAGAAAGAGAGGGAGAAGGAAAACACACUUGCAUGUACAUACAUAUGCAGCUCCGCAACAGCUGACUGACUGCACACACACCGGAGCAACGUUAGACAGACAUGGGAGAGAAGUGAAGGAGAGCAGAACAAGCCAAAGAACGGAAGAAAGAAGCCUUGGAGUGACAGCCAGCUGCGACCAUGGCAGACCCUCCAACAGGCCCUCCUGAGGAUAUCAACAAAAUCAGCUUCUGGAUGCCGGGAAAUUACAUGCGGACAGUACAGAGGACACCAGAGUCGUACCAGGCUUGUAAAGACAUCAUGGCAUGCAUGAAGGACCGGGCUCAUGUGGAGCGACAGUACGCCCGUCAGCUGACCGAAUGGAGCAACAAGUGGAAAGCUAUCACUGAGACUCGGCCGCUGUAUGGGUCUCUCUUGCGGGCCUGGCAGUGCUUUUUCUCGUCCACCGAGCGUCUGUCUGCCCUUCACACGUCAGUCUCCCAGUCUCUGGUUUCUGAAGACGAAGAACGCAUUCGCUCAUGGCAGAAGGAGACGUUCCAGCGGAAAAUGUUCUGCGGAUUCAGAGAGUCACAUGAUCUUGCGACGGCUUUCUCUCGCGCUCAGAAGCCCUGGGAGAAGCGAUUAAAGAAGUUGGGAAAGGCUCAUACGGCGUAUCAUAAGUCAUGUCAGAAAGAGCAGAGCGCUCAGGAAAAAGAGAAUCAAGCCAAACACAACGCUAAGCUGAGCGAGAGCAAACUGUCCAAGAUACAGCAGGCCAGAGAGAAAGCCACACAGGAGCGCAGCAAGGCACGUGAUCGUUAUGAGAAGGCUCUAGAGGAAGCCACUGGCUUCGCACCGCGAUACAUGGAGGAAAUGGAGUCUGUGUUCGACCAAUCACAGGAGGAGGAGAGGAAGAGGAUCAGCUUCCUGAAGCAGGCCUUCCUGUCCAUUCACAGACACCUCGACAUUACCAACAAUGAGAGUAUUAAAGCAGUGUACAGUGAACUGCAUCACACAAUCAUGUCCAUCAGUGAGCCCGAUGAUCUCCGCUGGUGGAAGAACAACCAUGGGCCGGGCAUGCCAACAGACUGGCCCAAACUAGAGGAAUGGAACCCGCCAAUUAAAAAGCAGAAACCAGGAAAGAAACCAAAAAUACACAGAGGAACUGAGGAGAAAGUGGUCAUGAUCGGAGGAGUGCGUGUUCGAGCGAUGUACAACUACACCGGAGAGGAGCCUGAUGAACUCUCGUUCAAAGCAGGUGAAGAGUUCCUCAAGGUGGAGGAAGAGGACGAUCAGGGCUGGUGCUGGGGCGUGAAGGAGGGCGGAGUCCAGGGAUUUUAUCCAGCCAAUUACGUGCUGCCUGCCCAAGAUCAUGAGGCAGUGAAUCAGUUCGUCAGCGUUCAGAUGUGUGUCAUCCCGUAGCAGGUUGUUCUUCUCAUCUAUGCAUCCUCUCUGCGGCCAGCAAAAUCACAUUACUCUUACGGCUACUGAGAGACAAUUCAUCUAAACCUUUCCCCAUUUUCAAAAGCUGCUCUAAGCUGAUUUCACUGGCUGUGAGAUGAAGACCUGUGUUGAAGCUGUUUCUGAAUCAGCACAGAAAGAUUGUAUUAUGACUAUUAAAUGAAGCGGUGUCAUCACUGUAGACUCUUAAUGUGGUGGGUCUCUCUCUCGCUCUCCGGCUCUCUCUAUCACCUUCUCACACUGACCAUGUGUUCAUGUAUUGCCAUGUAUAUAAUCUAAAGAUGUAAAUAUUCUCUAUUUUUUGAUUUACCAUUAGCAGAACAUGUGUUCUUCAGGAUUUGAAACAGAACAAAGCUUUUUGGAAACUAUCUGCAUUUCUCUUUCCCUCUAUUUAUGUGUGAAUCUCAUGAAAACGGGCCAUAUUUCACUACAGCAU